GACGACGACAAGGUCAGGUCGCCAGAUCCUUUUCACCCCUCUCCCUUCUCAACAAUAAUCUCCUCUCUAUCAUUGUCCACUUUGUCUUUUCUUCAUUCGAGACACGGACCCUUCAAUCGGCGCACUGUUGCAUUUAUUGGUGUCCACUGCGCCGGCUCGUUCCGUUACUAUUCGCAGCGAACAUUUCUCCCUUGAACGCCAGGUCACACGACUUCUCACCUUGCUCGACUUCGUCGCUCCGGUAUAGAACCUGCUGCGCAAUCGCUCUUAGCAAAGUGCACUUUUCCUCAAAGCUGCCAACCGUUCCUGGUCGCGGAACUGGAACGGUCUCCCAUGGCAGGCUUCGGUUUACCCAGCUGCGCCGGCCUCCGAAACAUGUACAACCACCCUCAAAGACAAUAGAACCGAGUCCGAGAAGAGAUCACAAAGAGAAGAAAUGGACUUUACACUCGCACUCACGCAUUUCUGCGAAGCGCAUGGUCCCAAAUCAGUCCUCUGUACACAAGUCCUCCCAUUAGAAUGUGCUUUAUGCCUUCCUCCUUCGCCGCCACUACGACCUUGUUCCUCUGAAUCCUUGACUACCCAAGUCCACGACUCAUCCUUUGACUCUAACCAGAGUGACCAUACAACACCUCUUAUACGCAAGACCGACACCAACUUGACCUUACCCACCGACUUCUCUGGCGCGUCUACCACGGUAGAUUCCGAGACCGAGCCAGAAAGCCCGACGAUUGAGAAGCACCCCCUAUUUCAGCAGAAGCGGGAAAUUGGUUCACAGUGGCCUUAUGGAAGAGCGCAAGGUGAUACUUGCGCCAGUUGCAGCUUCAGCGUCCCCAAGGCUGUAGCAGAGAAGAUACCAGCAGGAGCUCCUGGCAGCAAGAGAUCGGUCGGGAAGGACACAAGCAGUGCACCAGUUUUACGUUCGAGGGAAUUCGUCUGCCUUCGCCAAAGAAGACGCAGCAGCGUCAAUCAUGACUCGAAACCCUCAUCCUACGGCUCGUCUUUUGCCUCUUCACAGUCUCAUACGCAAUCUCUCCCUCACUCAAAUGCCGGCUGCCACGAUCACACCCUGACAUACCUCACUGCAAAAUCUCCCGACGAUCCAGAAGGCUACGCGCAAUUACGAGCGUCCGUCAUUCGAACAUUAUCUUGUGAACUCCUUCCGCGAGGGAUGUCGGACGGACCCUUCUGUUUCGGUGACUCAAAUAUAGGCUACACGAUAUCCUACGUUUUCCGACUAACAGAUCCAAGAGCGCGUGGACGGCGGCGGGCGUAUGCUUUCAUCGCUCUCGCCGGAAAAGAUGCCAGCCGUGCGUUCCAAGCGUGUCCUAUGCUUUGGGAAGCCUUUGCGAGCAUGGCCAAGGGCAUCGAAGCUGCGGCGCAAAGACACCUGGAAGAGCAGCGGCAAAAAGCGGAAGAAGAAGCACAACUCGCCGAGUCCAGAUCUUCGAGAAACUACACCCCAGUGUCGUCCUUCCUGACAGCGCGAACCGUCGACCCUGACGGCCAUCCGCGACGAGGGGGACAUGCAACGCCGAGAAGUCUGGCGGAAAUUGUGGGCGACGAGAACAUCUUCGCCUACCUCCAUCAGUAUUUUGUGGCGAUUUUGCGUUGUCUCGGGGACCGAUUCGGAGGACUUCCCUUAGCUGGAAAGCCUUCGAUAUACCAGUCCGUUAGCGACGAGUUGCCGCGAUUUGCAAAGACUUCAGCUGUCCAAAAUCGUGGGCAGUCAACAUCACUCGGCCAGCUGGAAAGUUUGCGGGACGAGGACACAACACCGACGCCUCAUAUGCCGAUUAUGGGUCAGACUCAAACUUGGCCGAAAUCGCCGAGCGCCCCAAUUGCGGCGUCGAGGGAACGGGAUGACCUGGAAGUUGCAAAGACGCGCGCUAAUCAGGCGUUCAAAAUGAAACCCCAAUGCGCACCGCUGACGGUCAGCGAGACUGCGCAACGACAGGUCGUUGUCUAGAUACCAUACAGCCUGUACUUCUACCAUACACGCUUGGACAUGUACCGUUGGUGGUCCAGGAUGUAGGGUUCAAGAAGCCCCAACCAAACACUAAUGAUGGAACGGCCUCAACACCAUAUAAGAUACACGAGAUACGGGGAGUGGAUGUCCCUGGGCAUGGCGGAAUUUUGCUAUACGAAUUGACACUUGAGCAAAUGAUACCGCGAUACAUCGAAGCGACUCGAGAAUUACGUUAGUAUCUAGAAGGCGAUUGUACCGAGUGGGUGGAUAUCCUGCUUUAUAUAGCAGCGAUCGAUAGCGUGGUGCGUGCUUGAAUAUAUUGAGUUGAAGUAACAACAUAAUGCCGAAGUUCGACUUCUCUAUUUCAACAAUGAGGUGCGGCCUGUUUGACGCAGCAGGAGUCUCUCAAGCAAUUAAGGCUUGCUGUGCUCAUCUUUGGUGAUAGUGGCUUAUUGACUCUUGGUGAUAUGGCAAGUCAAAUUUGUGCUGCUGGCGCCGUUUUCCUCGAAGGGUGUCGCUAUCUCCUAUUACCAUGUCGAACCUCUCGAUCCAAGGAGCUCCAGAAGUAGCAGGAAGAAAGUCAAAAGG